AUGGCGUUUAAGCUGGUUCUCCUGGCCUUGAUGGCCUGCAUGGUUGUGUCGGCUCAUGCGGACUGCGACGACAUUCCAAGCGAUACACGCGAGGAUUGUGUGAACCAGUAUUCCGUCUUCAAGACCCUCAAGGUCCGCAGCCGCUUCAGCAUUUUGACCACCUUGCUGGAGCAAGCCGACCUCAAGGAACUCCUCAAGAACCGCGACGCAAGCCUGGACUCGAUCACGGUUUUUGCACCGAAUGAUGCCGCUUUCCUGGCUUUGGGUACAGACUUGAACGAGCUGCUCCGCCCAGAGAACGCCGAGGAGCUCGAAGCCGUGCUCCUUCGCCAUGUCGUCAACAUGAACCUGACCGGCGAUGUGCUCAUGAGCGGUGACUUGCAGCUCAUGAGCUUGUCCAACGCGACUCUUCGCGUCUCGAGCAGUUCGGGUGUUCUUCUUGUCAACGACGCUGAAGUCAUCAACGCCGAUAUUCUGGCGGACAAUGGCGUGGUGCACGAAAUUAACACAGUCAUCAUGCUGGGCCCCACUACAACCAUGGCUCCCAUGACCUCGACCACCGAAGAUGAUGGCGAGGAAGAUACGGAAGCGCCGACCAGCACCACCGAAAGGCCAACCACCACCAUGGAAGUCACCACCACGGAUAUGAUGACCACCACCACGGAAAUGAUGAUGGAAGACUUUUCCAAUCUGACCAUCAAGUACUUUUUGGCCGAGCACGAUCGCUUCACCUUCAUGACCCUGGCCCUGCAAGUCACGGGCAUGCUCGACAUGCUGGACGGCGGCAACCACACCGUUUUUGCUGCCAUUGAUCCUGCCUGGUAUGAGCUGCCAACUGACAUUUUCAUCGAGUUGUUUGAUCCCAGCAACUUUGAUAUCUUGGAAGAGGUGCUGGCAACUUACAUUGUAUCGGACAUGGUGCUCGACUCGGAUGAGUUGCGUGAGAUGGACAUGGUGCAAGCCAAUAACGGCUUUGAGCUUGAGAUUGAAGAGAUGGAGAAUGGCAACCUCACUGUUGGAGGCGCGCAUAUUAUUCACGCCGAUAUCAUGCUAGAGAAUGGCAUUGUUCACGUGAUUGAUAGCCUCCUCCCAUCGCCCUUGAACUUGCCAGUGGCUCUGUUGAACUUUUCCACCUCGACUUCGACUUCGACUUCGACCUCUACCUCUACCUCCACCUCCACCUCUACCUCUACCUCCACCUCCACCUCUACCUCCACCUCCACCUCUACCUCCACCUCUACCUCCACCUCUACCUCCACCUCUACCUCCACCUCUACCUCUACCUCCACCUCUACCUCCACCUCUACCUCUACCUCUACUUCCACCUCUACCUCUACCUCUACUUCCACCUCAACCUCUACUUCCACCUCUACCUCCACCUCUACCUCUACCUCUACUUCCACCUCUACCUCUACCUCUACUUCCACCUCAACCUCUACUUCCACCUCUACUUCCACCUCAACCUCUACUUCCACCUCAACCUCUACUUCCACCUCUACUUCCACCUCGGCUUCAGACACAACAGAAGAGGACAUCAUCUCAAUCUGGGACAUCAUCUCCAGUCGUGGGGCCUACGACAUUCUCAGCCGUGCUGUUUUGCAAGCCGAGCUUGAUGACGACCUGGACGCCAUUGACGGUGCUACUCUCUUUGCCCCGCGGGAUCAGGCCUUCCGUGACCUUCCCGAUGGCCUCCUCGACGCCCUUAUGCGCGACGCUAACAAAGACUUGCUGCGGGACAUUCUGCUGUACCAUUUGCUGCCCCAGGAAGUGGAUGGCGAUGAACUCAAGUCGGAGGCUUAUCAGCGAUUCAUGACGGUACAAGGCUCAAGGGUCACUGUCCGCAGCAAUGGCGACCAGGUGAUUGUUGACUACGCCAACGUGCUUAAAUUUGACAUUGAGGCAGACAACGGACUUAUCCACAAGAUUGACACCAUCCUUGUGCCCGCCAAUGUCGACCUCUCCCCCUUCCUUCCCGCCACCACACGCGGCCCAGGCACGCGUCCUGCCACCACCACCACUCGCCGCCCUGCCACCACUACCACCACGCAGGCCGCACCGCCCGCCGAAACAACCACCACCACCACCACCCGCCGUCCCACCACCACCACCACCACGCAGGCCGCACCGCCCGCCGAGACGACGACCACCACCACCACCCGCCGUCCCACGACGACCACCACGCAGGCCGCACCGCCCGCCGAAACGACCACCACCACCACCCGCCGUCCCGUGACCACCACCACAAGCACCAAUGACGAUGAUGCGGACGAUGAUGACAAUGACGACCAAGAGAUCAGCGACAUUUUGGCCGACCGUGACGUCUUCUCGUAUCUGACCGUCGCCAUGAAGCAGGCUGGUCUGUACACUGACUUGGAUCAUCUGGGUGCUGUGACCUUUUUUGCCCCCAACGACAAAGCCUUCCGCAAGCUGGGUGAUGCCACCAUUAGCAAGCUCCUCAUGAACCGCAGGGCGUUGGUGGAGGUUCUCCUCAAUCACGUUGUUCCCAACCAAGCCGUGGGCCCGGAUGACCUCCCCGCCUCUGGCAUGCUUCGUGCUUGGUCGGGCGAGACACACCUCGUGAACAACGACAACAAGGGCGUUUUGAUCAAUGGGGUGCGCAUCAAGAACGACAUUGAGGUCUCAAAUGGUUACAUCUACAAGAUCGAUGAACUCCUCCUGCCAAGCGGCUUCAAGCCCGAGGACCUUUAA